GCUGGAGACGAGAGGACAUGGUGUGUUUGAUGAAGUGCUGCUGGGACGGAUGGUGUAGUGUGGACCCGGCGGUGACUCCAUAUUUGCCUUCAUCAUUUCCUUUCUCUCGCUACGUUUUGUUGUACUUUUUUUAAACGCAGUCUAUUCGUUUUUGUUUACAUUCGUUCGUGUCUUUUCGGACGCUCUCGGUUUCUUCCGCUGCUCGAUGUUGACGCCGUGAAACUAGCGGCUCGGUGAUGAACACCCGCCCGUGGUUAACGUCUGUUUACUUGACGGUUAACAGUUGAUACCUGAACUAAAUGUUAACGUUUUAUCUCACGUGUUUGUUCGACUUUUUUUUAAAUUCGACACAAGUGAGUCCGUGACGUAUUUUCACGCAGUUUCCCCCCCAGAGCGUUUCAUUGAACUUGCUGUGUUUGGAGCAACGGCUAUGAGCUAAAGCUAAACUUCCAUCACUGAUCAAAGUGCUUUUAAACUGAAAGUUAGUGGAGCACAGCUCUGUCUUCCACACCGUGACGGUGCAGAGAACAGAUGGAGUCGUCGUCGAACUUACAGUUGUGACCAUUACGGAGUAAUCCAGUGAUCUGGGUCUCAUGUGAUUCCCCGGUCCUCUCUGCCUUGGUUUGAAUCUCAUGGAAGAAAAGGCAUCCGUAACAUUUGCCAUGGUUUCCAGGCUGCCUAAGUUCGGUGGACGUUUCUCAAGCUGCGGUCCUAAUGUUGUGUGCAAUGGUUCCACACAGCCAUCGACCCCGGCUCCAGACGCUAAAGCCACUCCUGCAGGGUCACAGCCCAAUGGUGGGGUUCGUUCGUCCGGUUUUUCCUUGAAAUGGAAAAGAGGUGAGGGAGGGGUCGGCCCUACCACUAACCCCGUGAACCCUCCGAACAGAGAAGCAGAGAAGGCUCACACACAGCUUCCUUCUCUGGCAAAGCAGUUGAAGAGCGGGUGUCCAGGCACCCCUAAGAUUCACCGGUCAGGUUUGUCAGUGGCCACCGUAGCAAAUCCUAAGGCCGUCGACAAACAGCCGUCAAAGACGAGUCCCAAAGCAGAAACCAAGCUCAGCCAAAGCACUUUAAAAAGCGGGUCCAAAAUGGCUCAAAACGGUUCAUACAUGUCUGCCAGGACCGGGUCUGAGUCCCGCCUUGCCCGACCAAAGUUAGGAACCAGCGCUUCUAGAAGCAGUUCCCAGGACAGCCUCUCCCAGUUCAGUGAUCCAACCGUGGCUCUGGACAAUAUAGUGCGAUCACAUAGCUUCAGUCACAUCAAGCAGGUUCCCUCUCCCAGCAACCAGACCAUGACGCGGUCCUUCUCCUUCAAUCGGGCCGUGGAACUAGCCAAACCUCUGGCCAACACUCAGCUCCGACCUCCUCGUAGUUCCUUCCUUAAACCACCUCAGCUGAGCAACGGGAGAGUGGGUUUGAGACUCGGGGGCCUGAACGGUAACCUGGAGAGUUUAGACGAUCCAGAUGGUACGUUGAAGGAAGGAAAUAACAACAGCCGAAGUUCUUCACAAAACACCUCCCUGGUUACUGCGGCCCCCCCCUCUCUGAGUGCCCUGAAGAAGCCUCUGUUCCCCAGCUGCCUGCUGACUAAAUCAGUCAACAGCAACGGGGGGUCUUUGGGCUUCAAGCUGGCCAGAUCUGUUCAGUCGAAGCAGCAGAAACCUCUGUUCCCGGGGAAGGUGAAGGGGGACGUUAGACCUUCAACUGCUCCGGAGCCGUUGAACCUUCAACCUCCUGUUGACGCUGAGAAGAACAACUUUCAGAGUGACAGUGAAGGAAGCUCUCCACUCAGGCAGAGCUCAGUCCACGCAGGAAGUGAGACCCUGGAGGACAUGUCUAUUUCCUCUGCCUCAUCUGUGGACAGAGGUGAGACCAGUGAAGAGUUCAUAGAUGACCUGGACAGUUUGGGCGAUGUGCUCAGUGACGGGGACACACCUGACAACAGGAAGGACGGUGACAUCACCCAAACUCACCAAAACAUUGACUUAGAAACUACAGACGUGAGAGGGUGUGAAGAACAGAGUCCGAUACAGGACUCCCAGGAACCACUGGUUUCGUGUUCCGAUCUCGGUGAAAACCCCGAGGCUUCAUCUUUGGAGCUGUCGCCCUCCAACAGCUCCGGUGGGACGUACAUGUGGGACGAGGAAGGUCUCGGGCCUCUCUGUGAACCUGGGACUCCCCGGUUGGACAGCUACGAUGACUCAGAGCUCAACAGCCUGGAUAUCAUCAACAACCUGGAACCUCGAGCAGCGGGAGAGCUGGACGACGACGACCUCAUGUUGGAUGCAGACCUGCUGGAGGACGAUUUCUACGAUCUAGACAGCAUGUCGUACAGUGAACGCUCAGAGAGGUCUGGACGUCAGGGACAGAGACGUAAACACCAGCGCUGGGGCGGAUCGGAUCGAUUUCACAACGACAGGGCCCAGGUCUUCCAACAGUACGAUGGACUCAAACCUUCCUGUUCCAGGGCCGGUGAAGGCCGACAGUUGGGCCACACAGCGGUGCUGGACGAGCUCACGCUGGAACACAUGACUCAGGACUGUAACUCCCUGAAGAACGAGCUGCUGAGGCUGAAGACGCUGCUGCAGCUGGACGAGUCGGACUCUAAAGUCGAUGAUUCUGAAGAAACGGAAGAUAAAAAACCAGCCUCACAGACGGAGGAGCUGAUGAAGGAGGUGCAGGUUCUCAAGGAGGAGCUGAGUGGUCGAGAUGAAACCAUCGCUCGACUCACGCUGCAGUGUCAACAGCUGCAGCAACAACAGUCGGCUGCUGCGACUCACCAUGUCAGGUGCCAGUGCCACCAACAGAGGGCCCCCUCUUUACUCCGACCCAGCGACAGGCGGAUGCAGCGUCACUACGACAAGGCCACCCAGACGUACUGGAGACCACACAGUCACGCCCAUCAAGUACUACAGUUUUCCAGUCCCUGCCUCAGCGAGCAGCGCCUCCUGCUGGAAAGAACAGUAAAAACUCCCAUCGAGGGCCACAGUGAUGUCACCAGGACCGGGUCAGAGGGAGGGGCCGCUGUAAACGGCCUUACUGCAGGUGUGUCUGUUCCAGCCUUCACUGACAGGGGGAGUCUUCUCAGCUCCCAUUUCCUCCCCCGGAGUUCCGGCGCUCCGCUGGCGGUAAAUCCUGGAGACGGUCCGGUCUCGGUGGCUCAGUCUGCGGCUCAGCGUGAGGUCAGAGCCCCCGCUGUGAUGCUGCCAAACGCUGCUCCUCUAGUUUCUGCCGCCACUGCUGCUCUGACCUGCCCUCGCCUGCUGCAGCCUCCGCGUCUACACAAGCGAGUGUCCCUUCCGUCGCUCAAGCCGGGGGGCGCUGGCAGCUUUGGCCCUCUGCAGACCCAGACCAAGCAGCUUCCUCCCCCAUCCAGAGGACUUCCUUGUUAUAACUCUGGACCUCAGCACCCAGGUCCACAGCGCCCCUCCCUCCUCCAGCCCCGCAGGGAUUUAAGAAGCACCAACCCCGGCCUGGAGGAGCCAGAGGAGGAGAUGCUGACGGAGUCUGGUCCAACCUCUCUGAGCAGAUCUUGUCUCCUAAAACCAAAGAUUCCCUGAGGAACGGCUAAAUCCCUACUCCCAGAUCUGUCGUCUGUCGAGUCAGUACCUUUGAGUGUCGUGUUUCAGUCCAGGACGCUCCAAGACCUGGACCUGGAGUUCAAAUCUUGAACAUGUCUCUACUUCAGUUUGUCUUCUGGGACAUGAACUU